AGGACAUAUGUUUCAAAAUAGUCGCAAUGGCCUUGUCGCAGUUGCCAGCGAGAGCCCAAAGCGACUGGAGUCACAAUCAGUUUUUUGUUUUUGGUUUUUAUUUUUGGAGACCAUUGGCAUAUAUUUGCAGAGCUCUUCUUCCAUAUCAGCAGCAAGCACUUGAAAGUUACGAUAUAAAGUCAUUAGUUGUGCCAGUUAGCAGAAUAGUUCCAAGCAUGCUGCAUUGGUGUCGUGGUUUAUUGCUGUUGCUGCUGCUGUUGCAACAUGGCAGCUCGCAGGAGUUAUCAGAGCAGCAGCAGGCGGAAGUGGCUGAAACUACGCUGGCUAUGGAAAUGCCAACAAGUGCGGAGCAGCUGUCGCCAGCAGUGGAGCAUACAGAAUUGCCUGCAGCAACAGCAACAGCAGCAACAGUAACAGCAACAACAACAGCUAAGCCUUUGGAACAUGCUGAGACGGCUAUAGAAAUGACUCUAAAGCCUGUGGAUGCACCACCAGAUUAUGUUAAUGACGCUGCAGCGCAGACAGAGCAUGAGGAAGAAGAGCAGCCAGCUGCUGAACCUGAGCAGCCAGCGGCUGAGCAUGAGCAGCCAGCUGCUGAACCUGAGCAGCCAGCGGCGGAACCUGAGCCGCCAGCUGCUGAACCUGAGCAGCCAGCGGCUGAGACUGAACAGCAAUACACAGCAGCAACAACGGCACCAGCAAAGCAUGAGGAGGAACAGCCCAAACAGCAUGAGCCAACCACUGCAUCGCCAGCGCCUGUGCCGUCCAAUUUUAUCAGCUGCUACAGCUGCAGCGGCUAUGCCAACAGCAGCUGCCACGACAAGCCCAGCGAGAUGAUCAAAUGCGCCAAAAGUUUGCCCAUGACCGAUGGCUGCUAUACGCUGAUCAAACGUGACACUAAGCUCAUCUCACGCGGCUGCAUCAUUCAACUAUCGCAAGCAAACGAGCCGAACUAUUGCCUCAAGGAACCGAAGCUCUGCCUCAUGUGUCUGGAAUCCAAUUGCAACACGCAUCGGGCACCCAUAAUAGAUGGUGCAGGAGCAGCUCAACUGCGGGCUGGUUUGCUAUUGACCACAGCUGGGAGCAUGUGCAUCCUCGCUGCGCUGCACUUUAAUCAGUUAUAAGCAAAUAAUUCAAACAGCAUAAUAUAAUUUUAAUAAACUAUUAUUUUAAUCGAAGUCAUAGCAAAUUAAAGCUGCAAUUGCUGUCAAUUAGUUGAUAAGCUCUAAACUAAUUAAGCCACCGAGAAGUUAGCUCGAAGCACUCAACAUUCACUUAUUUAUUUUCCUAAUUUAUGCAUCAAUAGAAAAUAUUGUU